GAGAAACCAACCAUUUUGUCUCUUGACUGUGUGGAAAUUAUACUUUUGGUUUUGCUUUUAAAUAAACUUCGCUAAACGUGCAGUGUUUUUUUUUUUUUUCAAUUUAAACAGCCAGAAUGUAAAACUCAUGCAGAACUUUUACAAUGUUCAAAUGCUUGAAUCCUCUGCUGCUGCUGUUUUGCUUCAUCUAUCAUAGUGGAGCCCCACCUGUAGGAACUGCCACUAUACCUGUGUCAGGACAAAAGGGAAGCAACGUCACCCUGCCAUGUCAAUUUAAAGCCAGAAAGAUUUCUGAUAUUAGUUUAAAUAGUCGGUCAGAAAACAUCCCUGUUUGUCAGACUGAAGAAUGCAGUGGACGAGUAUUUAAACAAGGAAACUGUGACGUCAUCAUCAAGGAUCUGAGUUUCAGUGAUGCUGGGACGUACUUUUUGCGUGUCUAUUACAAUAAUGAUCAGACAAAGCUAAAGCAACAAUUCAGGACGUACCAGCUUCAUAUUUAUGAUGAGAUUUCUGUAAAAACAGGCGAGGAACACAAGUUAGAUGUUCUUUCCAAUGCUAAUCAAGUAGUGCAUUGGGCCAAAAACAAAACAAGAUGGAGGGAGUUGUGGAGCAAAAGCAAUGGAGCUCAAAGUGACCAACUGACCGACAGUGAUGGGACUCUGACCAUUAAAGAGUUUACAGACAAUGAUGCAGGAACAUACAGAGUUCUGGACAAUGAAGGAGAAAUCUUGAUUACAGUGACAGUCAGAGCAUCAGAUACAAAAUCAAAUGGAAAACGCUACACAAAUGAUGACAAAACUGAUGACACUCAACAACAUACUGUUUGGUUUUGGAUUAUGAUUGUUGGAUUGACUAUAGGUCUGCUGGUUCUGGCUUUGAUUAUGCUUCCUGACAUCAAGAAGCAAUUUCCAAUGAAGAGAGGUUUAUGAGGGAACCAAAUUGUAUACAGUAGGUGCUUAAGAGGUCUGAGCACAAUGUGUGAGGAUCAGUGUUGGUAAUUUAAUUAGAAAAUAAAUGUAAUUG